AUUGCCCAGAAGCUCAUUCUGACUAGGUCAACGGUUAGACCUUUCUCCGGUUGCCGCUUGCCCGGUGCCUUCGCGGUGAACUGGUGGCCCACGGCAGAGCCAGGGGCUGGUAAACAGAGGCUGGACAUGCGAGAAUCGUGAUUGACUGACGAUGUUUUUUUGCCCCAUGGAGUGAUACUGGAUCCGACGGUAGCACACGGCCCAACGGGUCACUCCCUCUCACGCCGUAAGUCGCGGGAAACCCUUGUGAUAUCGAGUCACUUGGUCGCAUCUGAUCGUCGCUGCCGUGCAUCGCGCCCCUCGCCCUCCCUUCGCCCCUCCCGCGCCGCUCUCAUGUCGGCCCUGGACUGCCGUCCUCAUCGCGCCGCCCGCUCGCACUCUUCGCGCCCCCCGGUGGCGCCGCUGCCCUCGGCUGACGUGGCGCCUGCGCCGCAUCGCCGCGCGAUUGCCUCCCCGCCAUGCCCGUCGCACCGCCUCUCGCUUCCGCCUCUCGUCCUGCGUCGCCCUUCCCCACCGUCCCUCGCCCCCGCCGCUCUGUCUUGCCGUGCGCAGCCCACAGCACCCUGCCCCGCGUCACUGCCCCCUUCCCCGCCUCCCCCUUCCGUCCCCCAAGUCAACUCCCCUCGCCAUCCUGGUGCCGCGUCGUCGGAAUUUCUCGCGCCGGGCCCGGCGCCAGCUGGGGAGCUGGGAGCGCCGCCGCCCACCAGCGCACGAGAGGCAAGCGCGGCGCCACGGGGUUGCACCGCGUGCGUGGCUCUGCACGGGCAUGCGGGGGAGGCGGCGUGCGCAGCGUGCGGGUGGAGGCAGCGGCUGCGCGCGCUGCUGGCGUCUGCCGCCACGAGUGCCGGCGGAGGGAGGAAGAGUAAGGGGCAAGGGGCGGCGGCAGGCGCGCAUGGGCGGCACGGCGACGUGCUGCUGCGGGUGUGGGAGGAGCAGCGGCGACCGCCGCCACGCCCCCAGCACGCGGUGCCGUGCGCGCGGGCGUGCGAGGACGGCAGUGCCGCGUGUGACGCACGUGGUGCGUCAGCAGGGCGGAGUGCACCCCACAUGCCGCUGCCUGCACCGCGUGCCACCGCCUGUGCCCAGCGCGUGUGCGGUGCAGCGGCUGGGGGCGAGUGGUGCACAGGCGGAGGGCGCCAUGUCGACGCUCACGUGCACGCAUCACAGGCGCCACCAGCGGUGCUCGCACAGCAGCCCACAGAGGCGAGGCGGGUGGCAGCAGAGGCGGCAGGGGAGGCGAGUGCGCCAUGCCUCGUGCUGCCUCGUGGCGUCAGCCCUGAAGUGCUGCUCGCCUCGCCCGCACUGCCGCCCACUCAGGACGCCUUUCUUCACUCCACUUUGCCCACAUUGUGCCAUGCUGCUGCCACUGCUGCAACCACCCUCGCACAGCACCACACACAGCAGCAGCAGCUGCGUGCACCCGUGCCCAUUUCUUGUGAGCGCACCAGUGCCACUCAUUCCCACCUGCGAGCUCCCUCCCACGCGCUCACUGUAGAGCCUCCAUCCGCGUGCUCUGCCGGCGCGCGUGCAGCGGGAGAGGGGCAGCAGGGGCCACGCCAUGAGGGCAUGCCUGAUGCUGGCAGGGGCAGUGACCUGGGGGGAGGGGUUCGGCACAAGAAAGCGGGGGGAGAGGGAUGGGUGGGGAUGCAGAGUCACGGGAUGCUUGGCAGGGCGGAGGAGCUGGAGGCACGCAUGGCAGGCGAGUAUGGUGGUGGGCCGAUGCUGGGGGAGGGCACACAGGGGGCGAUGAAGGAACAGCCGAGUGGUGAUGGGAGAGCACGUCCUGGGAAGGGGGCAUUGAGCAGUGAGGCUGCCGGGACUGCCAUUGAUGCACGCCGGAAGGCAGGGACGAUGGGUGGUGCAUGCAAGGUGCUGAAGCGGGCACAGGGAGAUGCGGGAGUGGCAGGAGGGGAGGGCGGCAGGGGCGAUGAGAGAGCAAACAGCAAGAGGUGAGGUGUGGGUGCUUGGGAUGAUACGGAUGUGCCUUCUGGGCCUUUUUAAAAUUGACAGGCUGAAAUGAGCGAUGUGUAAUAUUUUGGUAAGAUGUGUUAAUGCAUGGCGUUUAUCGGUGCUGUUGCCUUGUGUCCCUGCCUUCAUGGCGCUGCCCCAAUGCAGGCUCUGUGCAGCCCAGGCUGUGCCUGGCCAGCCAUGCUCCACCAGUGCUGUGGAGGGGAAUAGGCAGCAGCCUGGGGUGGUGGGAGCGAGGCAGUGCGAGCAGCAAGGGAGUGAGGUGCAGGGCCGAGGCAAGGGGAAGAGAGUGGAAGUGCGUGUGCCGUGUGAGGAGGAGGUGAUAGAGGAUGGGUACAGAUGGCGCAAGUACGGACAGAAGGUGGUGCGAGGAAACACAUACCCUCGGAGCUACUUCAGGUGCACCCAUCCUGGGUGCACAGUGCGCAAGCACGUUGAGCGAGCCAACCAGCCGCCCUUUGACAUGGUAACCACGUACGAGGGCCGCCACAACCACAACCUGCCUUCAGACAAGCAGGGCCACGUGUACAUGUGCUUUGAGGGGGAGGGGGUUUUCACUGUGUCUGCUGUGCCCAUGAGGUGUGCUGCCACAAGAGGGGCAGAGAGCAGUGGGCACGAAGGGGAGGAAAGUAUGACGGGGGUCAUGCAAGGAUUGUAGGGAUCGCAAGAAGCAUUUGAUAAGGCAGCAACAGUCUUGUGUUAUCUUCGUAACCUUCCGACAAAAGGACCCUGUAGUCUUAUUCAGAAUUCAUAGAGAAAGUGUCAUACAUAUUUUGUAUGUCCCUCACUUGCUGGCCCCUCGCUUGCUGGCCCCUCGCUCGCCGGCCCCUCCCUCACUAGCCGGCCCCUCGCUCGCUGGCCCCUCGCUCCUCGGCCCCUCGCUAGCCUGCCCCUUGCUCGCCGGCCCCUUAGCUUGCCGGUCCCUCGCUCCCUGGCCCCAUUUCGCAUUGACCCCGGUCCCACUUGUUAGGAUACGAGAAUAAUCACUAGAAGGUGAAACAAGGA